AUGUACGAUUCCCGCCCGAUAACCGAAUUUCGGCAAAUAUCACCAUGCCCACCUACCGACCAAGCCUGUCUCGAUGCCACCGCUAACGAGUUCUACCAGAAGCUGAUGGUGGGAAUCCCAGCGGUGGGCAUCGAACCCCACGAGCCCACGCGCCAUCCCCUCAUAGUGGGCAACUUGGCGACGCUGAAAUACACCUUCUACAACGCGACUAUCAGCCAUAUGGAUGAGUGUAAAAUUAGUGAUUUGAAGUUCAACCGCGACACUCUCAAGACCCAGUUCAAGAUGUCCUGCCCCAAAGUCGUGAUAGAGACGGACUACGAGACCAGCGGCCAGCUGCUCGUGGUGCCUGUACAUGGGAAGGGAGACGCUAAGAUUGUUACUGGUCGAUACAAUUUCGUCUUCAACUGUGAGGGUAAGAUGGUCGAUCGCCACUACAGCAUCAGAAGUUGCAGCUUCGCGGUAGACGCGGUGGAGAAGAUCAACUUCGACAUCAACAACUUGUUUGACGGGAACCAGCAGUUGUCGAAAGCCUUCCAUGACUUCCUUCACGACAACUGGAAGGACUCUCACGACUUUGUUAAGGAUCCCGUGUGGAAUGUCCACACCAAGAAGAUGAUCACCGCCGCCAAUAAGCUGCUGAAGACCGCGACGCUGCGAUGA